AUGCUCAGAUCAUUCCUCAGUAGCCCAGCCGUGAAACGAUCCCCACCAGUGACUCGUGCCGCGGCUGCGCAUCGUCUGAAAAGACCUGCCCAUCGCGGGCUACAUCUUGCUCCUCCCUUUCUGCUCGACGACUAUAUCCCUAGAUACCAUCUGAUCAGCUCGCUCGACGCGGCCAAGAAGCGAGCUGCCGCCUACGCCCAUCUCCGACAAUGUAAUCUGUGCCCUCGCCUCUGCAAUGCAAAUCGCUACGAGACAACCGGACAUUGCCUCAUUGGCGCAGCCACUGUCAAGGUGUCGACGAUUGCCCCCCAUUUCGGCGAAGAACCUUGCCUCCAGGGCAACAAUGGCUCGGGCUCCGUCUUCUUCAGUGGAUGCAACCUGCGUUGUGUCUUCUGCCAGAACCAUGAUAUUGCCCAUCAAAAGAUGGGAUUCGAUCUGACCCCCGAAGAACUCGCCGAAUGGAUGCUGAAGUUGCAAGAGGUGGGCGGUGUGCACAAUAUCAACUUUGUAACUCCGGAGCAUGUGGUUCCGCAGGUAGCCCUUGCCAUUUUGACCGCAAGAGAAAUGGGUCUCAAAAUCCCCAUUGUGUACAACACCAGUUCCUUCGACAGCCUAGAAAGCCUGAAGCUCAUGGACGGCUUGGUUGAUAUCUAUCUGCCUGACUUCAAAGUUUGGAACAAUGACACAAGCAAGAGACUGCUAAAGGCAGAUGAUUAUGCACAGGUUGCACAAGAAAGUAUCCGGGAAAUGCAUCGACAAGUCGGCGAUUUAUGCUUUACUCCAGAUGGCAUUGCCAGGAAAGGUGUUUUGGUACGACAUCUGGUCAUGCCGGGCAAAGAACAGGAAGGUGUUCAGAUCAUGAAAUGGCUGGCUCAGACCCUCGGCAGAGAUGUCUUUGUCAAUAUUAUGGAACAAUACCAUCCGGAUGCACACGUCGGUAAGCCGAAGCGUGGUUCCAAGGACAACGCCCAAGCACGGUAUGCAGAGAUCAACAGAGCUAUCACGAAUGACGAGCUUGGUGUCGUUCAAAACGCCGCCCGGGAAGCUGGUCUUUGGAGAUUUGUUGAACCUGCUCGUCAUGGCGGGUGGAAUGUGUGA